UGAAUGUUGCACACGUGCUAAAGUACAUCUGGACUGGUCCAAGCAGAUCAGAGUACAUCUGACUUGAGAGGUGGAGAGUAGCGAUAUAACAGCGGAGGCAAGACAAUAAUGUCUGAGGAUAUCUAUGCCAAGCCAGACCUCACCAAGAAAGUCAGAUUUCAGACGGGGGAGAAGGAUGAAAAUGCAGUUGUCUUUGAAAACACAGAUGUGAGGAUUUAUGACAACUACAUGCCACAGGGGAGUACGCCGCCAAAAUUACAGGACAGCACCACUGAGGACCAACUGCAAACCAAUUCAGCCAAUGAGCCCUCAGGAAAGAAGAAUGUUGUCAGACCUGCUGUAAUGUUUCUGGUGCUGCUGUGCCUGCUCCUCCUCGCUGUUGUCAUUGUCCUGGUGGUCCUGUGGAUUCAAGAAAAAAGCCUCAGUGACAACCAAACCACAGAGAGAGAUGAACUACAGACAAGAUAUGAUGAAAUGGAAAGACUCAAUGACAACCUGACCCGAAAGACGAACCGGCUAGAGGGAGACAUUGACCUUUUGAUGGUCAUUCAAAUCAACCUCACCAAACAGAGAGAUGAAUUACAAAAGCAGCUCGAGAUGUCAUUCUGCCCUGACCCCUGGAUGAGGUUUGACAACAGUUGUUACUUCAGUCCGACCAUGGAGAAAAACUGGUUUGACAGCAAAGCGUACUGUGAAAUUCAGAAUUCUACGCUGGUGAUCAUAUCUAGCUUAAAUGAACACAAAUUUGUCCGCUCAUUUCCCUCACCUGUCUGGAUUGGUCUGAGUGAUGAAGAGAAGGAAGGCGAAUGGAAAUGGGUCAAUGGAUCAGUGGUCACCGAGACGUACUGGGGGAAUAAUCAGCCGGAUAAUAACAAAAAUGAGGGAAAUGAAAACUGCGCUUUGAAUGUUCAUGGUAUCUGGAAUGAUUUGAGUUGCAAUAAAAAUAAUUGCUUCGUUUGUGAGAAAUUACUUAAAUGAAACAUAUUUUUAUGGUUCACUCUCGGACUGACUUCCUUAUUUUGAGUGAAGCGAUUCGCUGCUUUGCUGUUCACUUUGCUAUGAACCAUCCAGACCUCUCAGAUCGUCUGGGACAGGUCUUCUUUCUGUCCCCAGAGUCAGAACUAAACAUGGAGAGGCAGCGUUCAGUUUCUAUGCUCCACAUAUCUGGAACAAACUCUUAGAAA